GAAUUUAUUCGUGUCAUCUUUAUUUUUACCUCGCAGCUAUCUGCGGCUACCAAACUUGCAAUUCCUACCAAGCGAAGAACUCGAUGGGCCAGUCCAUAUACAGUAUCACCGAAAAUUCGGGUAUUUGUGCAAGGUGUUGCUGCGGGCCAAGGCGAUGCCUGGAAAUGGAUGUUCGCGACUACACGAACUCCGUAGUGAUGCAUUUCGUGCGGCCACUGCGGUGCGUGCACACGGUAUUUUGCUGCUGCGUUUGCUGCUGUUGCUGCUUGCAGGAAAUGGAAGUUCAAGCACCGCCUGGCAAAACCAUCGCAUACGUGUAUCAGCGGUGGUCCUUAUGCUAUCCGUGGUUCAGCAUACACGACCGCAAUCAGAAGCGAGUGCUGGACAUAGUGGGACCACUGUGCACUCAAAGCAUGCCUUGUAAAUGCGACGUCGAUUUCAAGGUCUACUCAGUCAACGGCUACGAAAUCGGAAAGAUCACCAAGCAGUGGAGCGGGCUCAUCAAAGAGUACUUCACGAAUGCCGACACCUUCGGCGUCAGUUUUCCGUUGGACAUGGAUGUGCAUGUGAAGGCCGCUCUCAUUGCCGCGACAAUGCUCAUAGACUACAUGUUCUUCGAAGAAGCAUACAAGCAAAGCGAUGACAGAGGACCCGGAAUGAUGCAGUGA